UUGGAUGAAGGGAGGGGUUGCUCCACUUGUUCGCGACCUCUCUCCUGUACUGCUGGCUGGAAGAGCCGUAAGCUGUAGCUGGGAGGGAGUGAAAGACAGCGAGUGGGACAUGCAGCCGUAUACAGAAGAGAGGCUGCAUCGGAGAAGAACGGAAUGAUGGAAUGACCGCUCUGAAAAGCUGAUUUCCUAUCAGGUCACCAAUGCGCCUUCCGCUUGUACGCCAUCCAGCAAGCGGGAUUCGUUUGCAUCGACGAUAAAUUCAGCAAGGCGCGGUAAUGGCCCUCGUAAUGGAACCGAUAAGUAAAUGGACGCACAAGCAAGUUCUCGACUGGAUGAAAGGCUUGGACGACUGCCUCCAGCAGUACAUUAAGAACUUUGAAAGGGAGAAGAUAAGUGGUGAUCAGCUCCUCCAUAUCACGCAUCAGGAAUUAGAAGAGCUCGGCAUCACACGUAUUGGCCACCAAGAACUCAUACUUGAGGCUGUGGAUCUGUUGUGUGCACUGAACUAUGGGCUGGAAACAGAGAACCUGCGGACACUAUCCCAUAAGCUAAGUGCCUCAUCAAAGAACCUGCAGAACUUCAUCAUGGGUCGACGCAGGGGAGGUCACUAUGAUGGAUGGGUCUCACGACGCCUGCCUAAUGACUUCCUCACCUCAGUAGUAAAUCUCAUAGGAGCUGCCAAAAACCUGUUAGCCUGGCUUGAUAGGUCACCCUUUGUCAAUGUGACUGAGUACUCACUGCUGAAAAACAACAUCGUUCAGCUGUGCCUGGAGUUAACCACAAUAGUGCAACAAGAUUGCACAGUAUUUGAGACUGAAAACAAGAUCCUUCAUGUGUGCAAAACAUUGUCUGGAAUAUGUGACCAUAUCAUAUCACUGUCCUCUGACUCACUAGUGUCCCAAUCAGCUCACUUGGAGGUUGUCCACCUUACCAACAUUAUGCCCAAUGAAGGCCUGGGAAUGUACAUCAAGUCAACAUAUGAUGGACUUCAUGUGAUCACGGGUAUGACGGAAAACUCCCCUGCUGACCAAUGCAAGAAGAUUCAUGCUGGGGAUGAGGUCAUCCAGGUCAAUCAGCAGACUGUGGUGGGCUGGCAGCUGAAGAACUUGGUCAACACAUUACGUGAGGAUCCAAAUGUUGUCAUCCUCACUCUGAAGAAGAGGCCACAGAACACUUUAAACUCUACCCCAGCUCUGGUCAAGAACCUAUGGUGGAAGCCUCUCGCCCUCCAGCCCAUCCCCAACAGUCCUAAUGGUGACUCCACAACUCCAACUAGCACAAUGGGGCUGUCUUCUAAGAUAGACAGAUCUAAAGCACGGGACAUGUUCAUCCUGUUUCCAGUUUCAGGUGUCUGUAGUGCAAGAGAUGAGCGAGGCGUCAUGUCCUGUGAUGACACCAGCAAGUAUAGCAUGAGCAAGUCCAGUUCCAGUAAAUACCCAGAGUCGCUCAACUACUACCUUGACCAGGAGAGUGGCAAAUAUUACUCUCUGAUGGAGGGUGAAGGGGCACCAAUUGGACCAGAGCAUGACAGAAGCCGAUUUACAGGGGUACGAAGAAGAGACAAAACCCCAGCUGAUUCUGACACACCCCUCCUUCGCUAUGUGAGUGAUGACAAGAUCCUAGCCCUCCAGGAGGAGCCAGAAAUGCCACAGGAAUGUAAGGGAAACACUAGUCACCAUACACGCAAGAAGAGCAAGAAUCCAAACAGCCCCAACUUUCUCAUUAGCCCCUCGUUGCUGUCUUCUUCUGUGAGGCUAGAUGCAUCACCCAACCGCUUGCCCUUUCCACUGGCAGAGAACAACACUGUGCUACUUUAUCAUCAACAAAGAACUGGUGACAUAAUGCAAGGGGAACCAGAGAGGUAUCCAGGAUCUGGAAUGGAUAUACAUGGAGGUGCAUCAACAUCAAAGUCAUUCCACUAUACAUCAUUAAGAACAAAAAACAAAAAGAGAACUAAAGGAUCCCUGACCAGUGGAAGUCGUAGGAAAAUCUCCUGUAAGGAUCUAGGCCAUGGUGACUGUGAGGGCUGGUUGUGGAAGAAGAAGGAUGCCAAAGGGUACUUCACUCAAAAGUGGAAGAAAUACUGGUUUAUUCUGAAAGAUUACUCUCUCUACUGGUACACCAACCAAAAUGAUGAGAAAGCAGAGGGCUUCAUCAGCUUGCCUGAGUUCCGAAUUGACAGAGCAACUGAAUGCAGACGGAAAUUUGCCUUCAAAGCUUGUCACACCAAAAUUAAGAGCUUCUUCUUUGCCACAGACACUUUGGAGGAAAUGAACAGAUGGAUGAACAGAUUGGGGUUGGCAGCUAUUGGUUACUCAACUAAUGACAAAGUGCCACAGCUUGAUGAGGAUUACUGGAGUGAAAGUGAUCAGGAUGAUAUUGAUUCUUCCAUGACUCUCAAGAAGGACGGACCAUCUUCCCAUUCUGACACCUAUUAUCGGACAUCCUCAAUCAACUCUUCUAACCCCUUUCCAGAGUCAAAUCAUGUGCACCAUUUCUCCAGUGAGUCCACAUAUUCCCACUCUUCAGCUGAAGACUCAAGGGGAGGUGGAGAUGGAGGAGGAUCAAGUAACACCCAUUCAUCAAGCUGCCAUUCCAGCCAUCCCGAGCGCCGCUCAUGGCAGGACCUGAUUGAGACUCCACUGACAAGCUCAGGCCUGCAUUUUCUCCAGACUGAUGGCGAUAGAAGCUAUGAUGGGUCCAUGGCACUGUCUCCUGAACACAGGAGACAGGCCACCCUGCCUGCACGCAGGCAGCGCUUGGACCGUGAUGGACCUUUCCCUCUGGACAAGGAAAUGAAGGCAUGUUGCACAACUCAAAAGCAGCGUAGCCAGAGUCUCCCGCGGCAUCAUGAGAUGGUGCCCAGGAGUGCACAGAGGGGCUAUGUAGAGAAAGAUGAAAAAAAACAUAUGGAUGAGCUGCCUAUUAAUUACAGCAAGGUCACCAAAGAUGCAAGUCAAGGUCAUGAUGGGAAGGUUGUGGAUGGACUGGAGGAGCUGUAUUGUACUCUGGUGCAGGCCAACCUCUCUCUCCUUGGUGACAUUCAACCCACCACCAAGCAGGAGCUCCGCCACCUCCUCCCGCGCUGCAGAGACCCCCUAAUGAACGACAAGCUGCACCAUGUUCGAGUCCUCAACAGCACACUAAAGGCAAAAAUGGAUGAAUUAAUAAUUAUUGAUCAACUACUGGAGGGCCCUGGCCUCACAGCAAAGAUGUUCCGUGAGUGGAAACAGUGUCAUUAUGAGUUUUUCCUGGAUAUCUGCAAGUUGAGCUCAGGCAACAAUGGGGCAGAUGAAUUCUCACCACUGGAAGCCCGUCUCUUGAUGCACACACACACAUUCAUUGAGACGCAUGUGUGAUAUAGGGACCAAAUAUAGAAAAGGCCUCAGAUCUUUCUCCAUUUCAUUUCCAUUACUUGCAGUGAUGCCGAAGCAACUGACUACCCAAGCACUUUAACGUGUAAAUAUGGCCAAGAACAAGAUAAUUAGGGUCAAUGUAAAUAAUUUGCUGAGUGACAGUAGUGCUACAAGGUGCCUAUAGCAUGUCUGUAGAGAAAGCAUUCUUUCUAAAACCUAGAAACUAGGAAGAUUUUUUUUUUUUUACAACUGUGAUUAUUGAAUAAAUAAUCUUUUCUUUUCCUAUCUUUGGUUGAGUUGCUGGUCAGUUACUGGAAGGAAAGUAGUAUCAAUGUGGAUAGGUGCCAUUUUCUACCACAACACUGUACUUUUUGUAGUUUGCACCAAGAAAGCUCUGAUACUCUGUUCAUUUAUACUGCUGACUAAUAGAAAUAUCAGUUGAGGUUGUUGUGAACAUGCCACACAUCGACAGGAGCUUUUCACUGGAAUUAAUUCAAUGAAAUACAGAUUUUUGUGUAUGCUCAGAAGUAGCUACUGUUUUAAACUGUGAUUUAUUAUUGUGAAUGCAAACUUUUGAUUCUGUGUAUGCAGAAUGUAUAACAGAUUUUGCCUGAUUACUUGUUGCCUAGAAAGUGAGGAUGGAAAAUACAUUUCUACAGUUAGAAAGAUUGAAAUUGUAGAGUUUAUAGACUGUGUUUCAGUUAAUAUAAUUUAGUUUCUUUGUUUGAUAUGCGUUGUUAACAAAAUGUCACAAACUGUGCUACAGUUAUACAUGCAUAAGCAUAUACAAGCACAUUAUGAUGAGGGCAUGAAAAUAUUCCAUUAUCUAAGGAUGCAAAAGAAACUUUGUGUUGCUACAUCACAUGGUGUUAAACUGUUCAGCAAAGAAAUCUGGUGGAUAAACAGACACUGUAUUGUAAAGUAGUAAGAUAAUUUUGUUACAGUCUAGCAAGUCCAAAGCACUUGUGUCAUAGAUUUAGAUAGUGAAUUAGAUCUGGUCAAAUACUGAUAGUCCCUGUUAAACAGUCAAACUGAGUUUGCUGUCAAAUAUGGCACAUGAAUGUUGAAAAUGUGAUAAAGAUAUGAAAAUAUGAAGGAACACAUCUACCAGAAAAACUAAAUUACUAGGAAUGACUGCUGAAUAAAAUUCUUUCAAAGCAUGUGUUUGAGAUCAAUCUGAUAGUAUUUAAAAAAAAAGUAUUCCAUCUGUGAGAGAUAUUUAAUGCCUGUGAAGACGAAUACAAAGAGCACAUUGUUUUUCUUUUCGCUAAGUAGUGACCAGUGAGAAGUACUAAUUCAAUGCAUGUGGAAUACUCAAAUCUGUAUAUUAGUAGAUUUUUUUUUUUGCUGGCCAAAUUAAGUGAAUUAAUUAAAUCAGAUAGCAAGCAGUAUUAAUUGGUUUACAAAGGUGUGAAGUGUAUCCAAAAUAUAUGCUAAACAUAAAAUAUACUGUGCUAUACCCCUUGUAUUAUUAUUUAAUGAAUAAUUCUGGUUUAUGCAACAUAAACAUGUCAGUAGUAAAUGUUUGUUUACUUCUGCCAGGCCAGGAGAAGUAUUAUUUUGUCUUUACUAGCAUAUUUAUGUCUCUUUCUUUUGUUCUUUCGUUGUUUCUUUUUAAUUGAUUUUGUUUAAAUGUGUUAAAGAAAAUGGCAAUUAGAAUUAGUUUUAUUUUAUUUGAAGGCCUUUUUUGAUUAAUGUCAAAAGAUGUAACGAUUAACAUAAAAUAUUAUUUUAUGAACUGUGUUAUUUUAUUUUAAAACUGUGUAAUACCAACAAAACUGCAUUGUUAUAAGCACAAGCAUCACUCAUAUGUGCAUACAUAUAUAUAUAUGCAUACAGUCAGGUCCGGAAGUAUUUGGACAGUGACAGAGUUUCUGUGAUUUUUGCCUUGAUACACCACCACAAUGGAUUUGAAAUAAAACAAUCAAGAUGUGAUUGAAGAGGUUCCACAAAAAUAUGGCAUUUACCAUUUAGGAAUUACAGACAUUUUAAGCAAAGUACUUCCAUUUUUAGGUGCUCAAAGGUAUUUGGACAAUUGAGUGACAAGAAGUUAAUUGACCAGGUGCGGUCCAUUCCCUUGUUACUUCAAGACAAAUGACACAGAUAAAAAGAUCUGGAGUUGAUAUCAGUUAUUGAGUUGGCAUUUGGCAGCUGUUCGACUGGAGCUACCAAUAUGAAGUCCAAGGAGAUCUCAAUGCAAGUGAAGGAGGCCAUCAUUAGGAUGAAAAAACAAAAGAGACCUAUCAGAGAGAUAGCAGAAACUUUAGGAGUGGCCAAAUCAACAAUUUGGUACAUUCUUAAAAAGAAAGAAAGCACUGGCGAGCUCAGCAACACCAAAAGGCCUGGAAGACCACGGAAGACCACUAAAGUGGAUGAUCGCAGAAUCCUUUCCUUGUUGAAGAAAAACUUCUUCACGACAUCAACAGAAGUCAAGAAUACUCUGGAGAAGGUAUCAUUGUCAAAAUCUACACUCAAGAGACGCCUUCAUGAAUGUAAAUACAGAGGGUUUACAACAAGUUGGAAACCACUGGUAACAUUCAAGAACAGGAAAGCCAGAAUAGACUUUGCCAGAAAACAUCUAAAAAAGCCUCCCAUGUUCUGGAAUAAGAUUCUUUGGACUGAUGAAACCAAGAUUAACUUGUCCCAGAAUGAUGGGAAGAGAAAAGUAUGGCGAAAGAAAGGAACAGCUCAUGAUCCAAAGUAUACCACAUCAUGUGUCAAACAUGCUGGAGGCAGUGUUAUGGCAUGGGCAUGUAUGGCUGCCAAUGGAAUGGGCUCACUGGUGUUUAUUGAUGAUGUGACUGCUGACAGAAGUAGCAAGAUGAAUUCUGAGGCGUAUAUACACUUUCUGCUCACAUUCAGCCAAAUGCUACAAAACUGAUAGGACACUGCUUCACAGUGCAGGAGGAUAAUGACCCUAAACAUACUGCAAAAGCAACUCAAGACUUUUUGAAGGCAAAGAAAUGGAAUAUUCUUCAAUGACCAAGUCAGUCACCUGAUCUCAACCCAAUAGAGCAUGCUUUUCAUUUACUGAAGACAAGACUGAAGGCAGAAAGACCCACAAACAAGCAGCAACUGAAGGUGGCUGCAGAGAAGGCCUGGCAAAGCUCCAGGGAGGAAACUCAAUGGAAACUUGGUGAUGUCUAUGGGCUCCAGACUUCAGGCAGUCAUUGACUGCAAAGGAUUUUCAUCCAAGUAUUAAAAUUAGGGUUAUAUUUACAAUUAUGUCACAUAUUGUGUCAUGUAAUUCCUAAAUGGUAAAUGCCAUAUUUUUGUGGAACCUCUUAAAAUAAAGCUGAAUGUCUACACCUUGAUCACAUCUUGAUUGUUUUAUUUCAAAUCCAUUGUGGUGUUGUAUAAAGGCAAAAUCACAAAAACUCCAUCAUUGUCCAAAUACUUCCGGACCUAACUGUGUAUGUAUAUAUCAGUUGGAUAUAUAUCAGCCAAUCAUGUGGCAGCAGCACAAUGCAUAAAAUCAUGCAGAUCCAGGUCAAGAGCUUCAAG